UUUCGAACCCGAAUGUGCCCCAAAAGUUAUACCAUAUAUGUUUUGCCUUCCUUAUUUGCUUUAUAUUUUCCGUUUUAUAGAGGUUGCGUUGGUCCUAACUGAUUUUAAAUUACCUCUGGCUACCUGAUUUAUUCUAAAGGACUUCGGGGAUUAGCGGAUUGUGGUAUCUACCUGACCAUCUGUGGGUUAGUCUUGGAUGAUAUAUAUGUGCGAUAUAAAGGAGUGCCGCAAUAAUGCGUAAUGUGUCAUUAGGCCGCGAGUUCUUGACCAGAAUGCAGCUGCUCCUGUCCAACUCCCUUUGCCUGCUGCUGCUGAUCCUGAGCCUGAACCUGGCUCCUCGGCCAUCGCUGGCCAACGAUGAUGGGUGCAACGAGGUGGUCUGCGGAUCGGUGGUCUCCAAGUGCCUGAUCACCCAAAGCUGCCAGUGCAAGUUGAACGACAGCCAUUGCUUCAAGGACUGCCUGAAUUGCUUGGGCGAGCUGUUUGUCGAGUGUUGUGGCUGCUUGGACAUGUGUCCCAAGCACAAGGAUGUCCUGCCCUCGCUGACGCCGCGCUCGGAGAUUGGGGAUAUUGAGGGACUGCCGGAGUUAUUUGACACCUUGACAGCCGAGGAUGACGAGGGAUGGUCGACUAUACGGUUUCCCAUGCGAGCUGGCUUCAAGCAGCGGGUUCAGGGAGGAGGCUCCAGCUCCUCUGACACCGGAAACGGAAGCGGAAAUGGUGGCUCCGUCCAGUGCACCGUGAUAUAUGUGAACUCGUGCAUCCGGUCGAACAAGUGCCGGCAGCAGUGCGAGAGCAUGGGCGCGAGCAGCUAUCGGUGGUUCCACGACGGAUGCUGCGAGUGCGUGGGCGGCGACUGCCUGAACUAUGGGAUCAAUGAGAGUCGCUGCCGCGGCUGUCCGGAUGAUCAGGACCAGGAGGCCGAGCAGGAUCUGGAGCGCUUCUUUGGCAGCGAGGAGCUCGACGAGGACGGUUGGAGCUACGGCGAGGAUGAUGAGUUCUCCUAACCCCUCUUAACAAAUUAA